UUACAGCAUUGUUUACGCACAUGGUGUCCAUUUGACUCACUCCCUAUACCCGCUCUCACGGACUGAGAGAAAAAGAGAGAGACAAAUGGCUCGUAUAACGUUGGUUUCCUGCCUCAUCUUGUUACUAUGCUGUGUGGCCACAGGAUCCAGCUUCGAUGGCUUCAAUCCCAUCAGAUUGGUAUCCGACGGCCUCUUUGACUUGGAGGCUUCUAUCCUCCAAGUCAUCGGUCACAGCCACCGCGCUCUUUCCUUUGCUCGUUUUGCUCACAGGUAUGAGAAGAAAUACGAGACUAUUAAGGAGAUGAAACUCCGAUUCCAGAUUUUCUCCGAGAACUUGGAUUUAAUCAGAUCCACUAACAGAAAGGGCCUGUCGUACAAGCUCGGCGUGAACGAGUUUACUGAUUGGACAUGGGAAGAAUUCCGAAGACACAGAUUGGGAGUUCCACAAAACUGCUCAGCUACCCUAAAGGGCAAUCACAAACUUAACGAUGAUGUGCUUCCUGAAACGAAAGACUGGAGGGAAGCGGGCAUAGUAAGCCCAGUGAAAGAUCAAGGCCACUGUGGAUCUUGCUGGACCUUUAGCACAACUGGAGCUCUUGAGGCUGCUUACCACCAGGCACAUGGAAAGCAAAUCUCUUUGUCAGAGCAACAGCUUGUGGACUGUGCCCAAGCUUUCAAUAACUUUGGUUGCAGUGGUGGGUUGCCAUCACAGGCCUUCGAAUAUAUCAAAUACAAUGGUGGCCUUGAUACGGAGUCAGCAUAUCCCUACACUGGUAAAGAUGGUGAAUGCAAAUUCUCGUCAGAAAAUGUUGGUGUUCAAGUUGUGGACUGUGUCAACAUUACUCUGGAAGCUGAAGAUGAAUUAAAGCAUGCAGUUGCUUCAGUUCGACCAGUAAGUGUAGCAUUUGAGGUAGUAAAUGGUUUCCAAUCUUACGAGAGUGGAGUUUACAGCAGCAACACAUGUGGCUCUACUCCCAUGGAUGUGAACCACGCAGUUCUUGCAAUUGGGUAUGGAGUUGAAGAUGGUGUCCCAUUUUGGCUGAUUAAAAACUCUUGGGGGCAAAGCUGGGGUGACAAUGGCUACUUUAAGAUGGAGUUGGGGAAAAAUAUGUGUGGUGUUGCAACUUGUGCAUCAUACCCUGUUGUGGCAUAGUUUGCUUCAGAGGGAAUUGCAGUGAGUCAUUUGUGUUAUGUUAAGGGGUCUGAUGCAAUAAUGGUGAUAGCUUGAUGUACAAAAAAAGAUUUAAGAUUACUGUGCUUAUGAUGAAUUCCCCAUGAGAUGGAGAGGAAGAAAGCAAAAACAUCCAGUAUAUUUUCUGUGAGUUAAGAAGGUCUCUAUAAUAGCCAAGUGAAUCUUAUUUAAGGAUAA